AUGGACAACGUCGACCCGUUCCGCUCACAACGACUCAUCUAUCGCGCCGUGGAGCCAGCAGAAGACGAAGCAUUCUUCUUAACACUGCAGCAAGACCCAAUAGCAUAUCGAAGCUCAAACGCUGCACUCGCGAAACCACAAUCCAAAAAGGAUGCCAUCAACUACAUGAAGUAUUGCGCCGAGGAAGCCCUCAUCGGAGUGGUCAUAUGCCUUGCCUCAGCAGAUGAGAACUCGAAACCAGUUCCCAUAGGUGCAAUGCAACUGUCCCCCGUCCGCUCAUAUCUCGGCCACCACCGAUUCACAGAAAUCGGUCUUGGUAUCAUCAAGCCUUAUCAAGCUCAGGGCUACGGAACCGAAGCGAUUUCCUGGAUUCUAGAAUGGGCAUUCGACACGGCCGGCAUGCACAGAGUGGCGAUUCGCUGUUUCGAGUAUAACGAAGGCGCGCGACGCUUGUAUGAGAGGCUUGGGUUCAAGCUUGAGGGUACCAGUCGGGAGAGUUUGUAUGUUGCUGGUCGCUGGUGGGAUGAGGAUCAAUUUGGAAUGCUAGAUCGUGAGUGGCGGGGAAGGAGAGAGCGGGAAGGUGUGGAGAUGGAGAAGGAGCUUUUUUUGAAGGGGAUGAUGGAGCAUGCGCAGUGUUGAAGGCGUGGUAGUGCUCACCUCUGGCUGGGCGACGAAACUCUUACUCAAGAAUUUUGAAUGCCUACCUACCUGCCUGCCUGGCUCGUGGUGGCUCGUAUCUUGUUCAACUGAUUCGCGGCUGGCUAGCGGAUAUAGUUUCAUUUAGCAACCUAUCUCAUCAUUCGUAGAAAAUCUCUAUCUAAUCUAAACG